AUGGCUGACAGGACACGGGACUUUGCCAGCACGGAGGACAACCCAUCCAGUCGAGCAGUGUCCGAGAAGCAGGAUGACAGCGACCUCAGCGCUCCAUCUUCCCCACCACCUGGAAGGGUGGAGGACAAUAAAUGGAUGUACUUGUGCUCGGUCGGCCUGAUCCAGAUUGCCAUGAACUACAACACUUCCGUCUAUCCAAACGUGGUUCCUCAGCUCGUCGAGCAUUUCCCGGGCCUGAGCAUGCAAGGAGCUCGAACAGGUCAGAUGAUAUACCUCAUUUUCUACUGCUUUGGAUGUGAGCUGUGGGCGCCCUGGAGUGAGGAGUUUGGUCGCUGGCCCAUUCUUCAGCUCUCUGAGACAUUGAUCAACAUCUUCACCUUACCCGCUGCACUGGCGCCGAACUUUGGCAGCAUACUAGCGGGUCGAGCCCUGGCAGGAUUAUCAACUGCUGGAGGUAGUGUCACCCUUGGCCUGAUUGCAGACCUGUAUCAGCCGGAAGAUCAACAAUUUCCGUUGGCUUUCAUCGUCUUGGCUUCGUGUAUCGGCACCAGCAUCGGUGGAGUUAUCGGAGGUCCGAUCGAGAGGUUCCUCGGUUGGCGAUGGAACUUCUGGAUCCAGCUCAUCUUCAACGGCGCUGCUCAAGCCAUCCACUUCUUCAUGCCAGAGAGCCGCGCCACCAUCAUUAUGGACAAGGAGGCUAAGCGUAGACGCAAGACUGGUGAAGAUCCCAACAUCUAUGGGCCGAAUGAGCUGAAGAAGCCACGGAUCUCAAUGAAGGAUAUCUUCAAGAUCUGGAGUCGACCCUGGAUCAUGUUGUUGACCGAGCCGAUCGUGACAUGCUUGUCGUUACUGUCCGGCUUCUCGGAUGCCCUCAUCUUCGCCUUCCUCGAGAGCUUCACGCCAGUAUAUGCGCAAUGGAAUUUUGGUAUUCUUGCCACCGCAUGGGCGUUCAUCCCGAUCAAUGCAGCAUACUUCAUCGCCUACUUCUCCUACUAUCCCUGGUUCUGGCGCGAUCAGCAUGUACGAAGGCAGAAGGGUCGAGAUUACUAUCUGCCUGAACGUCGACUCAAGUGGCUACUCUGGUCGGCUCCGCUCGAGCCUAUUGGUAAGUGGUAUUCUCGACUUGUGCGGAUAAAAGCUAAUGUCCACUCAAGACUCUUCGGCUUCGCUUGGACGACCAAAGCCUCAUUCCACUGGAUUGUGCCCAUGAUUUUCUCCGCAAUGGUCGGCAUAGCCAACUACACGAUCUACUUCUCCUCCGUCGACUACAUGGUGGCGGCAUAUGGCGUAUAUUCCGCCUCGGCUACUGGUGGUAAUGCCUGGGCGAGAGACUUCUUCGCAGGUAUCAGUGCCAUGUACGCCGCUCCACUAUAUCACAACCUUGGCAACUCCCCGAAUCCGGCUGUAAAUUAUGCGACCACGCUGCUUGCCUCUCUGAGCUGUCUGAUUGUGGCUCCUAUCUACGUUUUUUACUGGUUCGGACCACAGAUCCGAGAUCGCAGCAAGUUUGCAAAGACUUUGGCAGUGGACAGAGAGGAGACUGGAGGCAAGCGGGUCAACGAGGCAGAUAAUCUACCUGCAUGA